UCAGCGAACAUUGGGGCGGAAGAGAGAAAGCAUUCACCGAUGAGAGAGACCGUACGGCGGAAGUGGAUAAAGGAACUCUUGAGAAUAUGGCGUCCUUAUUCUGGGCACAAGUUCACUGGGGGAAAACCUUGACCGCAAGGUGAUUAUCAUAGUACAAGCCGCCAUUCACAGGAGAAACCCCUGGCAGGUCACAAGCCGAUCUUAAGGAAAGGGGUCGGGGACAAUUCGGUGACCUGGAGAAAAGGAACUCUCAAGAGAGCGGAGUGCGCCCGGAGACCGGAGCCGAUAACCCGGAAAAGGCGUGGUCAGAAACAGGGCGGGUUUACAGCGGCCCAUAGCAGAAGACCCGGAUUGGGAAGCGACUAGGCGGGACAGAGUUUAGCCAUGUGGGCGUGGCCACUGCGGUGCGGUUUGGGGGCGGGACCUAUAGGAACCUGGGGCCCAGCUGGCAGGGGAAAGGUUUGGGAACCGGGGCCUGGGGCUGCAGGAUCCACAUCUAGCGGGGUUCCAAGGCAGCGGUGACAUCAGGCCUCGUUCUGCUCAUGAUCUCACCCUGCCCUUUUUUCGUCCCUCGCGCCACUAGCCCUAAACUCUAAGACCCUCUUGUCCUCCUGAGCUCUGCCCUCGGAUGUCCGACCGUCCAGAGCCUGCAUGCGCCGUGGGGCGCCCCAGGACCAGGAGCUGGUGGGUCCGGGGGCCCCUGGGCGGGGGUCCCGGGGCUCCCCUCCUUCCUCGGGACCCGUUGUCCCGGUGUUGGUCUUUCCCCCGGAUCUAGUAUUCAGGGCGGACCAAAGAAGUGGACCCCGGCAGCUGCUGACCCUUUACAACCCCACGGGAACUGCACUUCGCUUCCGAGUUCUGUGUACAGCACCUGCCAAAUAUACGGUAUUCGAUGCAGAAGGAUAUGUGAAGCCUCAGUCCUGCAUUGACAUUGUGAUACGGCACGUGGCCCCCAUCCCCAGCCACUAUGAUGUCCAGGACCGAUUCCGCAUUGAGCUAUCUGAGGAGGGGGCCGAGGGACGAGUGGUUGGAAGAAAAGACGUCACCUCUGUUCUUCGGGCCCCAGCGUACCCCCUGGAGCUUCAGGGACAUUCUGAGCCAACCCCCAACCCAGGGCCUCCUGCGUGGACAGGACCAACUCCAGCCAGACAUCUUCAGGAGAACGCCCCCAGCAGCUGGCCACCAGCUCCUUCCUGCUCUUCUUGCUGGCAGGCAUCAUCUCCGUGGCCUUCCCUACUGCCGCUGCAGGAUUUAACUUGGCAGCCAGCUGCCCCACGUCCUGCAUGUGUCCCUGGGACAGAAGCUGGUCAUGCCUAUGUCUUAGGUCUCCUCACCAUGGUGUUCCUCCGACCUGAGCUCUUUCGCACGAACCCACCCUCCCUUCGCAGGCAGGGACCUAAGGCAGCCACUGUGAUGUUUGCACCUUUGCUCCUUUUCUCCCUUCCACCCUUCCACUGAUUGUCAUCCUCCCCACAACAAACACCCAGGGAUUUGUACUCAUUUUCCAAGUUGAAUAAAAUACAUUUUAAAAAUCAAAGCGAGAAAUGUA